GGAAUCGCCCGAGACUUCUCACACCGAAUCCCACCCACCGUCCCCGCUGCCGGACACCCGAUCCCAGCAUAUACGUCGAACUCUGCUCGUCUCAACUCCUCAGCUUAACCCCCCGCAACGACAAGCAAAAGGACGACUGCUGCCGCGCAAGGCGAAGCGAAGCGAAACAGAGCCAAGAGCAGAGUAAACAGGGGAACCAGAACCAGGGGCAUGCGUAUGCAGAGGACAGCGGCGGGAGGAGCAGAGUAACCAGGGGCAUGUGGACGCCGUCGCGGGGUUCGGGGAGCGGGCGGAGAAGCGGCGGGCUCCGGCGGAUAAUCGACUACCUCGCGGACGACCACACCGAGGCGUCCGACAAUGAGUCCUUCAUCACGGCGCACAGCGACGAGUUCCUUGGAGCGCCCGCCGUGCCCGGCGUCGGCGUGGGCGGCUCAAUGCUGCCGGCGUUCCUCGCGGACCAGUGCGACCUGGUGGAGGUGAUGCUGGAGCUGGACGAGGAGUCCAUGGUGGUGCGCAGCGUCACGCCCACGGCCGGCGCGCUCUACGGGCCCACGGCGUUGGGGGGGACGAGCACGCCGGGCAGCGGCCGCAGCCUCAGCCUGAGCCGGUCCUCGUCCACGUCGUCAAGGAUACGGAAGAAGUUCGCGUGGCUCCGGUCGCCGUCUCCGGCUCCGGCGCCAGCGCCGCCCGAGCUGCAGCGGGAGGCGGCCAUGGCGGCCCGCGAGCGGCGCCGCGUCCAGGCGGCCCGGCUGAACCGGUCCAGGUCCGGCGCCAAGCGCGCGCUCAAGGGGCUCCGCUUCAUCAGCCGCACGACCACGGGCGGCGGAGGCUCCGCCGAGGCCACCGCGCUCUGGGCUGCCGUCGAGGCGCGCUUCGACGCGCUCGCCUCCCACGACGGCCUCCUCGCCCGCGACGACUUCGGCGAGUGCAUCGGGAUGGCGGACUCGAAGGAGUUCGCGGGGGGAAUCUUCGACGCGCUGGCGCGGCGGCGGCGGCAGAACCUGGAGCGGGUCACCAAGGAGGAGCUGCACGACUUCUGGCUCCAAAUCUCCGACCAGAGCUUCGACGCGCGCCUCCAAAUCUUCUUCGACAUGGUGGACACCAACGUGGACGGGAGGAUCACGAGGGAGGAAGUGCAGGAACUGAUCGUCCUGAGCGCGUCGGCGAACAAGCUGGCGAAGCUCAAGGAGCAGGCGGAGGAGUACGCGCUGCUCAUCAUGGAGGAGCUCGACCCGGAGGAUCUGGGCUACAUCGAGCUGUGGCAGCUGGAGGCGCUGCUCCUGCAGCGGGACGCGUACAUGAGCUACAGCCGGCCGCUCAGCAGCGGCAGCGGCAGCUUGGCCCAGUGGAGCCAGAACAUCCCCAGCGGCGCCGGCGGCUCACAGCAGCAUCCAUCCCUUCAGCCGCCACCGCCCGCAGGAGGAAGCCGAAGCAGCGGCAUUAGCCACGGGCGGCUGUGGACGAUCCUCCGUCGAGCGGCGUCGCGAGCGCGGGUGGCGGCGGAGGAGAAGUGGCGGCGGGCGUGGGUGGUGGCGCUGUGGGCGGCGGCCAUGGCGGCUCUGUUCGCGUGGAAGUUCGCCGAGUACCGGCGGUCGGUGGCGUUCCGGGUGAUGGGCUACUGCCUGCCGACGGCCAAGGGCGCCGCCGAGACGCUCAAGCUCAACAUGGCGCUCGUGCUGCUCCCCGUCUGCCGCAUCACGCUCACCUGGCUCCGCUCCUCCUGGGCCAGAUUCUUCGUCCCCUUCGACGACAGCAUCACCUUCCACAAGAUGAUAGCGGCGGCGAUCGCGAUGGGGAUCUGCCUGCACGCGGGGAACCAUCUGGCGUGCGACUUCCCGCGGCUGAUCGCGUCGAGCCCGGGGGAGUACCGGCUGGUGCUGGCGGCCUUCUUCGGGGAGGAGAAGCCCACCUACAGGCGCCUGCUGUCGGGGGUGGUCGGGGUCACGGGGGUCGUCAUGGUGCUGCUCAUGGCCGUCUCCUUCACCCUGGCCGCGAGCCCGCUCCGGACCUCGUCGUCCUCCGCACGCGGCCGCCGCCCGCUGCCGUUCCCGCUGGGGCACCUCUCCGGGUUCAACGCCUUCUGGUACUCCCACCACCUGCUCGUCGUCGUCUACCUCCUCCUCCUCGUCCACGGCUGGUUCAUGUUCCUCGUCCCCAACUGGUACCAGAGGACGACGUGGAUGUACAUCGCUGUGCCGUUUGUCCUCCACGUCGGCGAACGGACGUUACGCGCCUUCCGGUCGAAGGCUUACGCAGUUAAAAUUCUAAAGGUGUGCCUUCUACCGGGGAAUGUGUUGACCAUUACAAUGUCAAAACCCUAUGGAUUCAGAUACAGAAGUGGACAGUAUAUUUUCCUUCAGUGUCCAACAAUUUCUCCAUUUGAAUGGCACCCUUUCUCCAUCACUUCAGCUCCUGGAGACGACUACAUCAGUGUUCAUAUCCAAACCAGGGGGGAUUGGACACAAGAGCUCAAGCGCAUUUUUGUCGAGAACUACUUCUCCCCAUCCGUGCCUAGAAGAUCUUCAUUUGGAGAGCUAGGCGGAGCUGAACAGAAGAGUCCUCCGAGGUUGCUUGUCGACGGCCCUUAUGGUGCACCAGCGCAGGAUUUCAGGAACUAUGAUGUUCUGCUUCUCGUCGGCCUAGGAAUUGGUGCAACACCUUUCAUAAGCAUUCUAAGAGAUCUGCUAAACAACAUAAAGCUGGCUGAUGAGCUGAUGGAUCUGGCAAUGGAGACUAGCAGGUCUGACGACAGCACCAACACCUUCAGCGUGUCUACAACAAGCAGCAACAAGAAGAGAGCAUACCGGACGAGCCGCGCACACUUCUACUGGGUUACAAGGGAGCCUGGAUCAUUCGAAUGGUUCAAGGGGGUGAUGGAUGAGGUUGCUGAAAUGGACAAGAAGGGUGUCAUAGAGUUGCACAACUACCUGACGAGUGUAUACGAGGAGCGUGAUGCAAGGACGACCCUGCUCUCAAUGGUGCAAGCACUGAACCAUGCUAAGCAUGGUGUGGACAUAGUAUCAGGCACCAGGGUCAGAACACAUUUUGCAAGGCCUAACUGGAAGGAAGAAUUCACAAGAAUCGCUUCAAAGCACCCUAGUUCUACAGUUGGGGUCUUUUACUGUGGGAAACCCACACUGGCCAAAGAACUGAAGAAACUAUCACUUGACAUGAGCCACAGAACAACGACUCGGUUCCAUUUCCACAAGGAGUACUUCUGAUGGAAUACAGAACCCCCCCUGAUAGCCAUAGCAUAGUAUUAGAUAUUAAUGAAAGACUCAGCUUUUUUUGGAAGAUAACUGUCCGCCUUCACCAUUUGUAAAUGUACAUAGGUCAGUUAGAUGCAUUUUUAUUAACAAAAUGAGAAGGCAGAAAAUUCAGUUAGAUAUACAUGUAUAGCUUAUACCGACUCAUCAAACAAUCAAAUAUUAAGCAUACAAGACACCGAGGCCACCAAUCUGGAGAAUGUAUCCAGUACAUGAUCCAAACCAAUGUCAAUUCUUGGAAUUGCUAAGUAAUCCUACAUGGAUCUUCACCUUUGUUUUCGCA